AUGGGAGAAAAGAGUUUGCCAAAAGAGAUCGAGGUUGACUUGCCGGCAUUGGAUUUAGAGGCUGCGGAAGCGACGCAAGAGAAAGAAGUGAAAAGGAAGAAGAGCUACAAGCCCCGAGGCAUUUACAUUCGUCGGGACAUUGAGCUUGAAGAGUAUGGAUACACUCCAGGUUGUGACGGUUGUGAAGCAGCUAAACUUGGAUUGAGUCACAAACAACAUUCUUCAGCUUGCAAACAAAGGAUCAGGGAGGCCAUGUUGCAGACUGAGGAAGGUCGUGACAAAGUGGAGCGCAUGGAGCGUCGUGCAGAGCGUUUCAUGGUGAAGCUCAAGGAGCAGCAAGAUGAGGCAGAAGCUCGAAAGAGGAAACUGUCCAUGGAUGAGCCACCAGAGGCGAAAGUUCCAAAAGGGGCUGAGGGUGCACUGGUGGAGGAGGUGUCGGGUCAGGAGGGCAUUCCUGACAUCGAGUUCAUCGAGAAGCCGCCUGGAACAGCAGCUGACUUACUUGAUGAUGGCAUGGGAGAAGAGCGUGGCGUGGAGGAACAAGCUCAGGUGAUGGACAUCAGUUCACUCCAAUUGUUUUCAUUGAGCAAGCACGGUUUGUGCCAUCCUUGUUUGAGAGAAUCUUCUUGGUUGGAAACACAACAGAUGUUGAGUGAUGAUUUCAUUGAGCAACAACAGAUCAAGUUGCAGUUGGGGAGCUUGAGCUUGUAUGAUGCCUACGGCGUUGAUCAGACAGGCUUGAAUCAGAGAUUUGCAGAUACAUGGGACAACGUGCAGAAGCUGGCGGAGGCAAAAGAGCAUCUAGCAUUUUGCUGCGAGCUCUACCGGAAGCAGAUGAGCAGGAAGAAAUACUUCUUGCGUGAACAUCCUUUUCUUGCAACCUCGUGGAAUGAGGACCCGAUGAAACAGCUUGAAGAGCUUGACACAGUUUACAAGGUUCGAGGGGACAUGUGUCAGUUUGGUAUGCAGGCAGAGGAUGAGCAUGGUGUUGGAGCUGUGAAGAAACCAUCCGGCUUCAUGACGAAUUCAGAAUGUAUUGCAGAGCAGUUGAAUGUUCUUUGCAAGAAUGUGAACAAUGAACUCAAGGAUUUCCAGCAAGCCACUCGUUCACAGUUGCAUCAAAAGUUGUCGGGACAGCCACGUGACAUUGUUACCAUUUUCUACUACAAAGACGACAACAGUCAGUGGCAUCGGCAUGUGCAACUCAUUGGUGGCAAAGCUAAGCAGGCAGAGAUUUAUCCAGAUGGUCUCUUGCAACGUAUCUUGAAAGGGUUGAAGCAACAGAUGCAAAAGAAGUCACCACUUAGUUCUUUGGAGUUUGGACCCGUGAAUGAAGAACCAUAUUUUGAUCAGACGGUGUUGGACGAAGAGGACUGGACAACAUUCAUUGAUGAAGUUUCGGGCAAAGCACUUGAAACAGGCAAGGUGAGGGCAGCUCGUGCAGAAGAGAUUGACUAUGCCACUCGCUAUAAUGUCUGGACAUUGGUUCCAACACAGGAGGCAUGGGAUGUGACUGGGGCUGGACCCAUCGGAUCCCGUUGGAUAGACAUAAACAAAGGUGACGUUGAACAUCCAAACUACCGAAGCAGGUUGGUAAUUCAAGAGGUGAGGCACAGUGGCGUUGAGGCAAUUUUUGCAGCUACACCACCCUUGGAAUCCAUCCGUGUUUUGUUGUCACUUCAACGUUCAGGCAAGCAAGGUUACAAGGUGAUGUUUACAGACAUUAGAAGAGCACAUUGGACUGCCAAGAUUGAAAGAACAGUCUAUGUUCGUCUUCCACCAGAAGCUGCAGAAGAAGGCUACUGUGGCCGGUUGAACAAGGCCAUGUAUGGUUGCAGGGACGCAGCUCGACAAUGGGAGAUUGAGAUCACAGACUUCUUCACAAGUCAAGGCUUUACCCCAGGGUUGGGGAGUCCAGUGUUGUAUUUCCACAGUGUUCGUGACAUCAAGAUUUCAGUUCACGGGGAUGAUAUCACUUCAUUGGGUCGCAAAGAUGAUCUUCUUUGGUUGAAGAAGCAAUUGUUGACAAGAUAUGAGAUCAAAGAUGGUGGUAUGUUGGGACCUGAUGAAGGUGACGUGCAAGAUGCGAUGAUCUUGAACCGACUUGUACACUAUGGCCCGCAUGAGACGACAAUUGAGGCCGAUCCUCGGCAUGUGCAAAUUUUGGUCAAGGAGUUGAACUUGACUGAAUCUAAGAGCGCCCCUACAGCAGGCGUGAAGAGAUCUGAACAAAAGGAAGAAAUGCUCACACCAGAAGAGAGCAGCAGGUUCAGAAGCUUGACUAUGAGGGGUUGCUAUCUUGCAUUGGAUAGGCCGGACAUUGCUUUUGCGUGCAAGGAGCUUGCAAGGGCCAUGGCAAAACCUUGUCGGUCGGAUUGGAAUGGCUUGAAACGGUUGGUGAGAUAUUUGCAUGGUGCUCCUAGAUUGAUUUGGAAGUAUCCCGAGCAGCUGGCACAAGAGCACUUCACUAUGUAUACUGACAGUGACGAUGCUGGUUGUUCAAAGACUAGGAAGUCAACAUCUUGUGGAGCAUUGAUGCACGGUUCACAUCUUCUCAAGUUUUACAGCAGCACACAACAUGUCAUUUCAUUGAGCAGUGGUGAGUCAGAAUUUUAUGCAGGUGUGAAAGCAGGUUCAACAUUGUUGGGAGCGAUGUCGAUGGCUCUUGAUUUUGGUGAGACCAAGCGAGGUCGAUUGUGCUUUGAUGCCACAGCAGCAAAGGCCAUGUUGAGCAGGAAAGGGCAUGGCAGAGCAAAGCAUAUAGAUCGAUCGUUUUUGUGGUUGCAGCAACGAGUACAGAACCAGGAACUUGAGUUGAACAAAGUUGGUACUCGUAAGAACAUUGCAGAUCUUGGUACAAAACAUUUAGACAGACUGCAAGUUGAAGCAUUGUUACAGGAGAUGAACCUUGAGUACGAGUUGAACGAGCAUAGGAUGACCCUCCAUGUGUAA